AUGGCGCUUAUUUCAGCAAAGACGAUCAUCACCUCGCUCUCUCUCUUCCAUGUCACCCUCGCCUUCUUCUUUCUCACAGACCCGGUCACCAUCGCCGACCAGACUUUGGUCUACGUGCUAGGCGAGGCCAUGGGCAUGCCACACGCACGAAGCUUCGAAAACAAAUCCCCUGCCCUUGCCUUCCUCGCUGCCGUCCUCGGCAUGAUGGGCAUCAGUGACCUCGUGACCCUCAGCAUGCCCCAGGAUAUCUGGGUUGACCACCACUGGGGAACGCAGGCACCUGCUCGCCUCUUCAUUUGCCUCGUCUUCGUCAUCUACACAUUCGCCUUCGGCCCUUCCUCCCCCAUCUACGGCGGCUCUCGCGGCGGCCGCUUCUCCCACCCUUCGGCUCACACUCACAACCCCAACUACACGCCCUCCACCUGGGGAGGCGAUGGCCUCAAGAACCGCGUCUUUCUCACCUUUGCCUUCCUCGAGAUGCUGACUUGGUUUUGGGUCUGGAUCACUCUGCGCGAGGAGCAGGAGGAGAUUGCGCGACAACGUGUCAAGAAGCGGGGUGCCCAGUCGCAUGAGUACUAG